AUGACAGCAGAUGUCAGAGGCAAUAGCCUGGAGGUGGUGCACCUGUUUCAGGAUAGGCUGGUGAGGCGGGAGGGCCAAAAACGCGUGAGAUUUCGAUCACACGUGAAGAAAGAAGAGAGAUUCAGAUAUAUUGAAGAAGCUAUAAAAAAAGAAGGCUGUGAAGGAGCAGGGAUGGGAACGAGAAGAGAAGAGGACCAGGGUCCCUGGAAACAAACAAAAAGCAGGCCAUUGUGUUUGGCCAAGCGCCAUGUACAGGUGGACCAACAAACCGGCUGUGACGACAGGAAGCAGGGGGGGAUCACGUCUACUACAGUCCCCUCCUUCACCCAGAAUUGGGGGGGCAUGUAUUGGUCGAAACGCCAUCAGGAAAGGGUGGAUCGGAAGUCAAUUGACAUCACAGCCCAUAGAGAGGGUUUCUGUUCUUUCGAAGAGCCCAAGAAUGGGGGAGGGCGCUGGGCAGCCAUGGUUAUCCCCAUACUUUUUCCUUCCCCCGCAAUAUUGGGCCCGGGGAAAUCGCCAGGCACCUUCUCGGCGGGUAAAAUAGAAUUCAGAGGCAAAAAUGUUUAG